GAGCUUUGAGCUGAAGCUAAUAAAAGGAAGAGACCUCGGUGCUCUCCCAUCAGUAAUGGCCACUGCGACGGGGCAGAGAAUCCAGCGGAGCAGCGACUAGGGUUCGGUAAAUCUUUCUUCGUCGAGUUGCGAGCGGCGGGGCUGACAAGCUCUUUUGGGUUGUGAUGCUGGAUUUCGAUUGCGCUUCUUUUCUGCCACCAACGAGACGGAAGAGAAGGGAGCUCGGUGCGUGCUAGGGUUUGAGUUUUCUCGGUGGGAGUCGGUGGAUUGUUAGUAAAGAUAAGAUUUUUUUUAAGCUUUGGAGGGUAGAUGGCGACGGUAGUGUCUGGAAAGGGGCAGAAACUAGCGGUGGACGGAGGGAAAUACGUUAGGUACACGCCGGAGCAAGUGGAUGCGCUCGAGAGGGUGUACAAUGAGUGCCCGAAGCCCAGUUCUCUUAGGCGACAGCAGCUAAUCAGGGAGUGCCCUAUCCUGUCCAAUAUUGAGCCGAAGCAGCUCAAAGUCUGGUUCCAGAACCGCAGAUGUCGAGAAAAACAAAAGAAAGAGUCUUCUCGGCUCCAAACUGUUAACAGAAAGUUGUCUGCUUUGAACAAACUGUUGAUGGAGGAGAAUGACAGGUUGCAGAAGCAGGUUUCUCAACUUGUUUAUGACAAUGGCUAUAUGCGCCAGCAACUGCACAAUGCAUCUGCAGCAACUACCGACACCAGUUGUGAAUCUGCAGUGACAAGUGGUCAGCAGCCACACCAAAAAAAUCCAACACCUCAGCAUCCACAAAGAGAUGCUAACAAUCCAGCUGGUCUACUUGCUAUUGCGGAGGAGACCUUGGCAGAGUUCCUCUCAAAGGCUACUGGAACUGCUGUCGAUUGGGUUCAGAUGGUUGGAAUGAAGCCUGGUCCGGAUUCUAUUGGAAUUGUUGCUGUUUCCCACAAUUGUACUGGAGUAGCAGCUCGAGCCUGUGGUCUUGUGAGUCUAGAUCCCAUUAAGGUUGCAGAGAUUCUUAAAGAUCGUUCAUCUUGGUAUCGCGAUUGUCGUUGCCUUGAUGUGCUUACAGUAAUUCCUAUUGGAAAUGGAGGGAGUAUUGAGCUUUGUUAUAUGCAGACAUAUGCACCUACUACUUUGGCAUCAGCACGUGACUUUUGGACUCUCAGAUACACUACUGGUCUGGAAGAUGGCAGUCUUGUGAUUUGUGAAAGAUCAUUGACUCCUGCAACUGGUGGUCCUGUUGGGCCAGCAGCUUCAGAUUUUGUUAGAGCUGAGAUGCUUCCUAGUGGGUAUCUUAUUCGCCCAUGCGAGGGAGGUGGUUCAAUGAUUCAUAUUGUUGACCAUGUAGAUUUGGAUGCCUGCAGUGUGCCUGAGGUUAUUAGACCAAUGUACGAAUCGCCCAAACUUGUAGCACAGAAUAUGACAGUUGCUGCACUAUGUCACAUUAGACAAGUUUCACAAGAGACUGGCAAUGAAGUUGUUUGUGGUGGGGGAUAUCACCCUGCGGUGUUGAGGAACUUCAGCCAGCGACUGAGCAGAGGCUUCAAUGAUGCCGUGAAUGGUUUUGCUGACGAUGGAUGGUCAUUGAUGAGUAGUGAUGCUGGAUCUGAGGAUGUCACUAUAGCUAUAAGGUCAUCUCCAAACAAACUUCACGGGUCUCAUUUUAACUCUUCAGCCAUGUUUUCUUCCCUUGGCUGUGGCAUCCUAUGUGCGAAAGCAUCCAUGUUAUUGCAGAAUGUUCCACCUGCUUUAUUGGUUUGCUUUCUGAGGGAGCACCGUUCCGAAUGGGCUGACUUCGGCAUUGAUGCUUAUGCUGCUGUAUCUUUGAGGUCUACCCCAUAUUCUAUUCCUGGUGUGAGGACUGGUGGUGGCUUUUCAGGCAAUCAGGUUAUACUUCCUCUUGCUCACACCAUCGAGAAGGAAGAGAUGUUGGAGGUAGUCAGGCUUGUAGACCAUGGCUUUACCCAAGAUCCUGCUUUGUCUAGAAAUGUCAACUUGCUACAGCUUUGUAGUGGCAUUGAUGAGAAUGCAGUUGGUGCACGUUCGCAGCUUGUUUUUGCACCAUUCGAUGAAUCUUUUGCUGACGAAACGCCUCUUCUACCUUCCGGUUUCCGUAUAAUGCCGCUGGAUCCCAAAACAGAUUCUCCAAAAGCUACUCGAACCCUUGAUUUGGCUUCCACGCUUGAGGUUGGUUCUGGAACCGCAGCGCGUGCUGAAAAUGAAACUCCUGGCAGUGCAUUGAAUUUACGAUCAGUUUUGACGAUAGCAUUUCAGUUCACAUACGAAAAUCAUCUCCGGGAUAAUGUGGCUGAAAUGGCACGACAGUAUGUACGAAGCAUAGUAGCCUCGGUGCAGAGAGUAGCUAUGGCAAUUGCACCUUCGCAUCUCAGUUCUAAUGUCGGGGUGAAGCAUUCCCUUGUUUCACCUGAAGCCCGUACACUGUCCGAAUGGAUUUUUCGGAGUUACAGGUUUCACACUGGAAUAGAGCUCUUCCCAGCAGACCCACAAACUAAGGAAUCGUGUCUGAAGAACAUAUGGAACCAUUCAGAUGCAAUCAUGUGCUGUGCCUUGAAGGUUCCGCCCGUCUUCAACUUUGCCAACCAAGCCGGCCUCGACAUGCUGGAAACUACACUUAUAGCUCUGCAGGACAUAUCACUAGACAGAGUUAUGGACGACAACAGCAGGAAGGUGCUUUAUACCGAAUUCCCCAAGAUCAUGCAACAGGGCUUUGCUUACCUUCCUGCCGGCAUUGGUUCUUCGAGCAUGGGGAGGCCGAUAUCGUACGAGCAAGUCGUAGCUUGGAAGGUCUUGAACGAUGCGGACGCGCCCUAUUGCCUGGCUUUCAUGUUCGUGAAUUGGUCUUUUGUUUGAGAUCUGUGAUAGCAUUCGGGUACUUUGAAUUGUGAUUGAUAGCAAAGGCACUUGAGUUUUCGAUUCAUGCAAUGAUUCUGUAAUUUAAACAAGUAGAUGAUGAUAUGUUGAACACCUAAAUAUGCUAUCUUAAGUUAGAUACGACGUGAUUUGUUCAA